GUAUUUUAUUCAUCAUCUUCAACUUUUAUUUUGUAGCUAUAACAUGACUUACAAGGAUCAAUUCAGUUGUGUUGUUUAUUUUGAUUGAUAUUUUCAUCCUCUCGUAAAUUUAUAGCUUAGUGUCAUUUUUAUUUUUAAUAGCCUAGUCCUAGGCUAGGCUAACUGCUAAUUACUGCAAGACUAAAUGGCGACAUCGGAGGUGGUGUCAUGUCCUCAUAGGCUAAUUUUGAGUGACCUUUUACCUGAUGAAAAAGUGACCUUCUCUUUAGUCUUGAUCAAAGGAUUUGUAAGAAUCAGCAAUAUUAACAGCAAAUGUUACAAUACUGAGAGUAGUUCACUCAUUUUGAAUAACAUCACAACAAAUAAAACAUCAGAAUGGCCAGUUGUAAAAAACAGAUUCAAAUGUUUGGCCGAUUUAUGCAACGGAGAUAACACCAUCGUGUUAAAGUAUUGUAAGACUAGCCUGGAGAUCAAACUACACUACUCGCCUCGUGACACAAAAUACUGUGUGACCCCAGUCUACAUUAUCUGUAAGGACCACAACGGAAGGUUCCAAGCUCCUAAUAACUGUGAUAACUCCAUCGAAGUAGCAUGUCGCAAGAUCGGUGUUGGUGCUCGUCUUAUUCAGUGUCUUACUGCUCAAAAACUGUUUGAGAGCGGGUAUGAAAGAAAAACCUUUCAGUUGGAAAGAGACUUGAACGAUCCCGAAGAUGAGUGUGUUCGGUUUCAAAGCAGUUUGUCUGUCGCUCAAGCGAGAACCAUGGGUCAGGAGGAACUAUGGACUUAUUUUGGCAGGGAAAUUAUGUCGUCACGGUUGAGCUCAAGCAACCGUAAGUUCCUCGCUUUUCUGUCUUGCACGCAAUGGGAUGGAAGCAAGGGUGUGGUCCGAGCCCACGCAGCACUAGGAGGUGGUGGUCUCGCUCUGUUUGGAACUGGUUGUCUCCAUACGUGGCCUUCUGUUGUAGAAGAUGUGAUCACUUGUUUCCUAGACCCAACUCCUGUUGAUACUCAACAGUUGAUGGACGAUAGUUGCUACAGAGGUACGUACGGCUCAUGCUUCAGUACGACCCUCGGAUCUGUGUGCCAUGAGCUUGGUCAUACGUUUGACCUGGGUCACCCACGACACGGCAUCAUGGGACGAGGGUUCGACAACGUUCACCUUGUGUUUGUACCUGUUGUCAGUGGGGCGGUAAGAACCUGUUCCCCGCGUAAAACCAACCCUCAUAGUGCAACCAUCACUUUAGUCCACAACCUGAAUGUUGAAUGUGUCAUUGGAUCACCGUUGAGACAACGAAGUCGUACGCCGGCACGCGACACUGUGAACAAAUCUGUCGACAGGGUGACCAACCUUACAAACAAACAAGAAGAAGAAGACGACCUCACUCACUGGUCACCAGGUUGUGCUGUGUUUCUAGCGUUCCACAGGUGGUUCAAUACGGAGAAAGAAGACACGGACAAGAGCGAUCUCCACUUUGAUAGAUCUAGGAUGGUGGUGACGGGUAGCGCCGGCAUACGUGUGGUGGAAGUGAGAGGAGAAGGCGGCGCAGUGUUGGGUUCCUGGCAGUUUCCAGCUAGCGCCAGACUGCGUCAUCAGUUCUUGGUGCCGGCGCAAACGCUGACUAACGCUCGCACCCUGGUGGCACAGGAUAGUAACGGCAACAUAAUUAAGACCGGAGUAUAGCAAAGAGGAAGUAACACAAACACAGAAUUGUGUAUAGUAGGGAUGAACAUCGAUAACCAAUGUGUUUGAAACAUCGAUGUUUUUACAUUGAGGUGGAGGUGACAGAAAUGUUCGUUACAUCAAUGUUUUGAACAAUCAUAAGUAAUAGUUUCUGUAAGCUGCUAAAAAUAAAUUAUUCUGUUAUAAAUUGUGGCGGCAACACAAUUAUUAUAUAAUUAAUCUUUAUUUGAUUACUGUAUUGCUUAUGUGAAACUGACCGUCUAGAACGUCUAGAAUAGCUGAAGCAUACACAAAACCCAUCAAACAAAACAGUGUCGAUGUUUGUCCUUAAUUUACAGAAGAGAUUUCUUCAAUUUGUAAACAACUGUCUGAUGCAACUGUCUGUUGGUGAGUCGGUGGCUCAGUUGGUAGCUUCACGGACUUUGGGCCCAAGGCAGAAGGGUCGUGGGUUCGGAUCCUGGUCACUGCCACAAACUUUUAUCAGUACAGUUCACCUUUGUACUGUACCGGCUCACCCCUUGCUUUGCUGGAUACGUUCCACGCCCAGAUCUGUAGUCUAUGUGGACGGGCAAAUGCAAGGUUAAAAGAGGCCGCCAACCUCUUUAAAUAAACAACAACAAAAAAUGCUCUAGAAGUUCGAUGUAUGGUUUUUUUAUUCUCUACGUUUUGCACAAAAUUUACUUUCCACAUUACUUCAGGCUAGGCCGAGAGGGGGUCACAGCAUCAUCACUUAGUCUAAAUAAAAUCCUUUUGCUUGAAAAAAGGAUGGUUUUUCAUAGUUAACAAGGCAUUGAGAAUUAAAAAUCACACAACAAAAUGAUUUACUGGUUCUUGGAGAAAAAAAAAUUAUCGGGUGUUUGGGAUAUUGUAAUGCUUCCCUUCUAACUAACUAGAGGUCAACAGUUUGAUCCUUAGAAGAGUCAAUAGUUUUUUUUAUUAUUUAAAAAAAGACUCCAGGUGUAACUGAUCAUCAGACUAUUAGUUUUUACAGUUAUGAAUGAAUUAUUGGGUCGUCUUAGUCAUACAGUUUUAUGUUUUGUGGUUCCUUAAUCAAACCAAAAAAUAUGACUUUAAUUUUGAUACAACCAUAAACCAAAGAUAAUCUAGUGAGUGAAUUUAAAACGUUAGACUAUAUAAAAACAGCAUUCUUACCUAAUAAAUAUUAGUUAUUCGUUGUUGUUUGAUUGGAAAUGGAAUAAGCGAAUCUCAUACAGUCCUAUGUAACUAUUUUAUGUUGGUUAUAUAUUUAUGAAUGUUUUACCAUAUCCAUAUUGAAUUGCAAUCCAAUACCAAUGUUUAUUUUAAUUCCAAACUGACUAUACUUUUAUUUCAUAAUGCCAUCAGCACAAGAUUCCCGAAAGUAGCCAACAAUAGCACAACAAUCGUAGAAUCUCGGCAAACUCGUUGUAAAUAUUAACACUAAUUGCAUUUUACCAGCAUUGCCGCUGCACUGUGAGCGUAUGUCAGAAGGAUUAUUUGAAUCAACAACAAUGAUGUAAAUUAACUGUUUGAUUACUGGUAUGUUAGAAUUAUAAGUUAGUGUAUAAGGUAUUAGUAAUGCAUUUAUCAUAUUACACUUGCAUAUAUUCUCAGAACACCUUAAAAUUCAGUUCAUGAGUGAAAACAUCACUCUUUUUGUUAACACUUUAAAAGUGCUUUAAUUAAUCAAGAAUGUUAAUAAGUCUACAGUCAAAACUUUAAGAAAUAAAAGUUCAGAAAUAGUCCAUGAUUCAAUAAAACUCAAGUAAGUAUUAAAUUCUCUGAGAUAAAAUUAAGGUCUUGUCCAAAAGUAAACAGCAGUCUGCAGUAGAAAAUGGUAAAUAACUAAAAACUAGUAAGAUAAGGAUAUUAGUGAUAUUUUGAAACCAAAUCUUUAAUUCACCAAAUCUGAAUAAAAUACUUGUAUUUGAGAUUAAAUUGGAUUCAAGAAUCAAAGCUCAACUCGCAAAUUUUAUAAUUAGUAUUAUUUUUUUGCAAUAUUUUUAAAUAUUUCCUGUAAUUUGUUGGCCAGGAAUCACACUUUUGUUGUGAUAAAAUAUUACAGAUUUCAAAAUAUUUCAAAUAGGUUAAAUAUUUAAAUUUCCCCAUUUGACCAUCACUAUAUUUUAGAGCUCUAUGAAAUUAUAAUCUUCAAGCUCCUCGCUUGCCCAUGUACAGGUUAUAGUUUAUUUAUGAUAUUAUGAUUAUGUUUACUGUUCUUGUCAAUUUUGCACUUUAUAUUAUUAUCUUGUGUUGUGUGUUUAAGUACUAAGACUCCUAAGGGUCGUCACAGUUUGUUUUAUUAAGCCUUAACAUGCUGACAUUUAAUCAGUAUUUAAUUUCUAUGUUUUAUAUUCAAUAUGUUAUUUUUACGUUAUGUUCUAUGGAUGUGAGACUUUAUUGUGUGUUAUUGCGAGGUUAGAGUGUGACGUUUGUUAAAGUUUAUCAGUAUUUAAUCUUUUUAUUUAUAUAUUGACGUAUAUUUUUAUACAUACUAUUAUUUUUUUUUACAUUAAUUGCCUUUAUUUGUGAAGCUUUAAAUAUCAUAAAACAAUUUUUAACAAAUGAGAAAUAAUUUGAGUUGGUAACUCUGAAUAAGUGAUUGCGCAAUCUUGAAUAAAAUUAAGGUUUGAUAUAGGCCGGUUCCUAUUAAUCAUUGGAUUACAAAAAAAUCAUGCUUUUCAGAAACAGGUAAAUAAAAAAUUUCAGAUUAGUAAACUAUUAGAGUUUGAGUAUAAAAUAUCUUGUAAAUUAUCAUAUUUUUCUUUCUAUAAAUACUAUGGAAAAUUUGUUAAACUAAAUUAUUGGUUGUUAAAAUUUGUUGUUAACUUGUAGAUUACUAGUUUAGCUACUAAUUAGUCAAUUUUUCUAGAGAUACUAGUUAUAAACAGAGGGUAAUAUAGUGUUUUG